AUGCAAUGUAACAACGCUGUAGAACAGUCACCCAAAAGUCCGCAGGACGGUGAAGCGCCUCGCGUCGAGGAUCAAGAAGGGAGGGAUGUGUAUAUUCUGGGAUCCCAGUCGAUUGAAGGAGGAAAACUCGGGAUCGAUGAAACCAUCGUUCAAUUUCGUCGCUCGCUUUCCCUCCAAUCUCCAGACCAUCCGAGCCGACACAAGACACUUUCACAUUAUGCCCUAGCAUUGAACGAGCGAUUCAGCUGCACUGGUCAGAUCGAAGAUCUGGAUGAGUGCAUUGGCUUCCACAGGGAAGCGCUUUCUCUUCGUCCACCCGGGCAUUCCGACCGUGUCAAGUCGCUCAACAACCUGGCAAGCGCGCUGUUGACUCGCUUCCAGAACAAAGGCGACUUCAGGGACUUGGAGGAGUCCAUUACCUUCAACAAGGACGCGCUUUCUCUCUGUCAUCCGGGGCAUCUCGACCGCGGUACCUCGCUCAACAACCUGGCGGGCGCCCUGUGGACUCGCUUCCAGAAUAAAGGCGACUUCAGCGACUUGGAAGAAUGCAUUGCCUUCCACAAGGAAGCCCUUUCUCUCUGUCCUCCAGGGCAUCCAGACCGUGCCAGCUGGCUGAACAAUCUCGCAAACGCCCUGUGCACUCGUUUCAACAACAAAGGCGACUUUUGGGACCUGGACGAGUGCAUUGAGUCCCAUAAGGAGGGCCUUUCUCUCUGUCCACCAGGACAUCCCAACCGCCAUAGAUCGCUCAACAAUCUGGCUGUCGCCCUUUCCACUCGCUUCAGAAACACAGGCGAUUUCCACGACUUGGACGAGUGCAUCACCUGCCACAAGGAAGCCCUUUCUCUCCGUGACUUCCGGGACCUCGACGAGUGCAUCGCCUCCCACCAAGAAGCACUUUCUCUCCGUCCUCCCGGGCAUCCCGACCGUGCCAGGUCACUCAACAAUCUGGCAAACGCUCUGUGGACUCGCUUCGACAACCAAGGCGAUUUCCGUGACUUGGAGGAGUGCAUUUCCUUCCAGAAGGAAGCACUUUUUCUUUAUCCUGCCGGGCACCCCGGCCGCGGCGGCUUGCUCAAUAACCUGGCGGGUGCCCUUUCCACUCGCUUUGAAAACAGAGGCGACUACCGCGACCUGGAGGAUUGCAUUGCCCUCCACAGGGAAGCGCUAUCUCUCCGUCCUCCUGGCCACACCGGCCGUGCCAGCUCCCUCGACAACCUGGCAAACGAUCUGUGGGCUCGCUUCGAGAGCAAAGGAGACUUCAGCGACUUGGAGGAGUGCAUUGUCCUCCACAAGGAAGCGCUUUCAUUCCGUCCAUCCGGCCAUCCCGACCGUGCAAAGUCGCUCAACAAUUUGGCAAACGCCCUUUGCGCUCGCUUCAAGAACCGAGGUGAAUCGCGGGACCUGGACGAGUCCAUUGCCUCCCACAAGGAAGGCCUUUCUCUCUGUCCUUCGGGACAUCCCGAUCGCGCGAGAUCGCUCAACAAUUUGGCAAAUGCACUUUCCACUCGCUUCAAAAGCAAAGGCGACUUUAGCGACUUGGACGAGUGCAUUACCUUCCUCAAGGAAGUGCUAUCUCUCCGUCCUCCUGGCCAUCCUCAUCGCGCUGGCUCGCUCAACAACCUGGCGGGAGCUCUUCUUUUACACUUCCAGAGCAAUGGCGACUUGGAGGCCCUCACAGAGUGCACAGCACAUGCGCGAGCUUGUCUGACUGCGCUUUCCGCUGCGGAUUCCCCUCCCGAAGACCAACACGGCGAUCCCAGCCACGCCUUGCAGAAUCACCCGGAUGGGCUGAAUUCUGUCUUGAACCUUGUGGAGAUUCUCAAAGCGGAAUAUAAGGCCCUCGGGAACGAGGAUACUCUGAACGAGAUUUUCGAACUGCUCGAGUCUGGGCCUCUGUAUCAAGGUGCAUCGCCCUUGCACAGGCUAGACCAUGUCAGGGUUUGGGCAUCCACUUGCCGCGAAUUCGGGCGUACGGGCGAUGCACUUCAGGCUUAUAGUCUCGGGGUGACUUUGCUUCCCCUCCUCGCCUCUCUCGACCUUACACUCCAACAACGCCAGAAUGUUCUUAUCCAUGCGCAGGACUUGGCCAAGGAUGCCGUGCAGUGUGCGUUCGAACAAGAUGAGCUUGAAACUGCACUCGUAUUUCUCUCCACCGCGCGGUCUGUCUUUUGGUCUCAAGCUCUGCAAUUCCGUGCUUCACUCGACCGCCUAGACGCUCUCCACCCGGAUCUUGCGUCAGAACUCCGAUUGGUUACUCGCCAACUACAAAUUGCAACCCAGCAACAUUCUCAAACUGAGUCGAUGCAGCUUGAAAACGCCCCAUCACUUCGCCCGUACCUUCUUUCUCAGACGAGAGAGGAGAUCAUCGCAAGGAUCCGGGCCAUCGAUGGCUUUCACGAUUUCCUGCUCCCCCCUUCUCCUGAUGUCCUCAAGAAUGCAGCGCGCAAGGGACCCAUUGUCUUCCUGAACGCCAGCAAGUUUGGAUGCCAUGCGCUCAUUCUCAAGGAGGAUGGCGUCCUUCGCCGCAUUGAGUUGCCCACAGACAUCAAGGCAUUGGAGCAUUUGGUGUCCGCGAUUCGCCAGUUGGCGAGAGGGCUGUCGUUCGACGUUAAAGUGCGAGGUGAUUUUCGUGACUGUUUUGAAGGGGGAGAGCUUCGCUUGAAUCUAGUCCGCAAAAAACGGUUACCCCGGACGGCGGAUGAUGAUUUCAGGGUAUUCCUCGAGGUUCUGUGGAGGGUGGUGGGCCAGCCAGUUGUUGCAGUUCUCGGGCUGAAGAAGACCAACACUCCGCCCAGAAUCUGGUGGUGCCCGACCGGUCUUUUCACCUUCCUUCCUAUCCACGCUGCUGGAAUCUAUUCGUCUUCUCCUUCUAUCGAAUCCGACUGCCUAUCCGACUACGCCGUCUCGUCCUAUUGCUCGGGCCCACAAGACCUCGUCGCACCCCCACCAGAACCCGAUCCUAAUUUCAAGAUGCUAGUCGCGAUCGAACCUGAUCGACCUGAGCCGGGUGUAUCAGGCCUCCCUUUUACUAGGCAAGAACUCGAGAAGAUCGAGCUGCGUAUCCCAGAGAAGGAUCGUUUGGUUACCCGCAUUGGUUCAAAGACAGCCCCCGGAAAACCCAUUGUGGAAGACAUCAACGCGGCAUCUAUCGUUCAUUUUGGGUGCCAUGGGAUGCAGGACCCAUUGAAUCCACUGGACAGCUGCCUCCUACUCAGUGAGAGGCGCUUGACUAUGUCAUCCCUCAUACGGGAUUGUCAGAACUCGACGGCGGCACUUGCCUACCUGAGUGCCUGCGAGACUGCUAUGGGCGAUGAAGCACGUCCGGACGAGUCCCUCACACUGGCUGCCACGAUGCAAUUUGCGGGCUUCCGUAGUGUGGUUGCAACUAUGUGGUCAAUCCACGACGACGAUGCGCCCAUUGUCGCUGACGCCCUCUAUCGCCAUCUCUUCCGCAACGGUAAAUCAACCCCGCCGGACAUUACUGACGCAGCGUAUGGGCUGCACAUUGCUGUGAAGGAGCUGCGGGAACUUGGAAGGUCGUUCCAUCGUUGGGUCCCUUUUGUUCAUCAUGGAAUUUGA